UUUAAAUCGAAUCAUAUGAAAUCGAUCUGUAAUUGCGCGAGGGCAGCGGACGACGAGAGUCAGAGAGAAGGAGAUGAGUAGCUCGCGACCUGCUCUCGAAUCACAGCAGCUCUUCCAGAGGGGCGCGCAGCUUCCAUCUCUGUCUCUCUCCCCCGGCCUCUGGGAGAGCCGUACUUCAUCCCGAUCCCCCGACCGACCAUCCACGCCUCUCUAUCUCUUUCUUUCCCAGGUCUCCGAUGUUCAGUCGCACCCUCGCCUCGCGCAAGGCGCGCACUUCGCACGCUCGUCAGUCGACACGCGCCGGAAACGUCGUCGGCAAAGGGAGCACGCACGCACCCAUCAGCACCAUCAGCAGCAGCAGCCGCCAGUAAGGAGUGAGAUCCGCGAAGUGACAUAUAAGGACGAGAGAUUCGCUCGGGAUCAUCAAGGAUGAGGCUCCUCGCGCUCGCCCUGGGUUUUCUCCUGCAGGCGUGGAUCGUCUUAUGCGGGACUAGACCCAGCUUCGUUUCCGAUCAGAUGAUCGCGACUGCGGCCAGUGUCGUAAACGCAUGUCAAACGCAAACGGGAGUUGCUACAGCCGACAUAGAAGCGGUAAGAAACGGUCAAUGGCCGGAAACACGUCAAUUGAAGUGCUACAUGUAUUGUCUCUGGGAGCAAUUCGGUCUGGUCGACGAUAAGAGAGAGCUAAGUCUGAACGGUAUGCUGACGUUCUUCCAAAGAAUACCCGCCUAUAGAGCCGAGGUCGAGAAGGCGAUCAGCGAGUGCAAGGGGAUUGGUAACUAUUUGGCCAAGGGUGAUAAUUGUGAGUACGCGUACACGUUCAACAAGUGUUAUGCAGAAAUGUCUCCGAGAACUUAUUAUCUGUUUUAAUGAAUCGCGGGAAGAUUAAAACGGCAAACAGGAAGACCAAAGACAAAAUGCUCAAGCUACACUUUCGCUGAAUGUGUUGAGAUGUUUUUACGUUUAAAUCACUUUCCAUGUAACUGCUGUAACGCGCCGUAUUGCGUGAACCCUACAUGAUGGGUCGAUGAAAUAAAGAAUUCAACGAUCUAA